UUGUUUGGAGUUAGCGUAUUGAACUCACCGUUUUCACCAAUGAACACUACUUUAGUUCCAAGUGUGUUGCUGCUGAUUGUUUUCCAAAUUGCCCACGUCCAAACCAUACAGAAUAUGCUUGUGGGACUUGUAAGACCCGGAGUAUUUCGACACAUUACUUGCCGCAACAGUGUGUAUCCACGUAGCAAUGUAACGCGCUACCCGGUGCCGGAUAAGUUUGUCUUUUGGACAGUCAACUAUGAGGGAUACAGCCCGCCGUGCUACACAGCUGGACACAUUGGUGGACAGAGCUGGGCGGAUGAACCGUUGCCAAGCGAAAAGAACCAACCCCACUGGAAUCACAAUGACGACAUUGUGAAUCGUGUUUCUUUCCAUGGCGAAUAUCAAAUAAAGGAUGGCCUGCCACAAAAUCCAAUUGGUCGUACUGGAUUGUGUGGCCGUGGCUUGCUGGGACGCUGGGGUCCCAAUCAUGCAGCGGAUCCAAUAGUCACACGCUGGAAACGCGAUGAUAAAGCUGAGUUUGUGUGGCACAAAACCAGCGGAAAAAAAAUUCUCCAAAUGGUGGCCAUACAGCGUUCUGAUAACAAAUUGUGGGCCAUUCCAGGCGGCAUGGUCGAUCCCGGUGAGAAUGUGAGCGUCACGCUGAAGCGCGAGUUCACCGAGGAGGCGCUCAAUUUCGCCGAUAAGGGCAACAUGGUGGAGCAGUUCUUCAAAGAGGGUGGCGUCCAUGUGUACAGUGGUUACGUGGAUGAUUUUCGUAAUACCGACAAUGCUUGGAUGGAGACAACUGCACUGAAUUUCCAUGACGAGGAGGGCACAAAAGUUGGCCAGCUGCAACUGAAUGCUGGUGAUGAUGCCACAAACGUCCGCUGGACCGAUGUCGAUGCAAACCUCAAACUGCAUGCCAAUCAUGCUGACAUUCUCCAGGAAGUGGUUGCUAUGCGCAAUGCGCACUGGUAGAAAUACUCAAAUACUUUUUUAAAACUAUCUUGUAAAUUCGGAAACAGAAUUGUGAUGAUUACCACUACCUUAAAAUUGCUUAUAAAUUAUGUUUAUACAAAAAAAAAGAGCAUAACAAUAAAUAUUUGAAAUAUCGAGACUCGUA